AGACUAACUGUUCUACAUCUUGUUAACUUUACAAUGACAUCUGGUGGUGCAUUGCUGUCGGCUAUAGUUCUGUGCAUUCUCCCGGUCUUAGAAGCCUACACGUGCGAUGAAAUCUUCAGUAAAGCCACAACACUCGAUUUUUCGCAAAGUGGAGCUGAAAUAAAUGUGAAAUGCCGAUUAAAUUUGAAACACAUAGAGCCGCACGUUCUUGCGCCGUACCUGGACAUUUUACGGACCACAUCUCUCGUGGCUUGUUUCUACUCUGUAUACGACGUUAGUCAUCAUAAUGAAUACUUCAAUCAGGAAUCACACGUCAUCGCUAUCUGUAAACCUGGAGCGAUGUGCCUUAACAGACUUCAUAACGAGGCGUAUGAGAGAGGAUGCGUUGAUGGACCCACCAACCAGCACCAAGCAGCAUGUACUGGAGACUUCUGUAACAAUCGAACCCAAACAGAGUUGGAUUUGGUAAAUAACAUACUCUCAACUUUAACGAAGACCACGUCAUUAUCUGGGUCGACAACUAGCACAGUUCCCAUGGCAACCACACCAGUGCGUCAACUUUACACAGAUUCAAUGACCUGCGAAGACAUCUUCAGAAAAGCGUCAGUGUUAGAUUUCUCGCAGAGCAACGCCGAGAUAAAGGCAGCCUGUCGGUUAAAUUUGCAGCACAUCGAACCACAUAUUCUUGCGCCGUACCUGGACAUUUUACGGACCACAUCUCUCGUGGCUUGUUUCUACUCUGUGUACGACGUUAGUCAUCAUAAUGAAUACUUCAAUCAGGAAUCACACGUCAUCGCUAUCUGUAAACCUGGAGCGAUGUGUUUUAAUGAGGGUCACAGAGAUGCUUAUAAAAGGGGUUGUGUAGCUGGACAUACAAAUCAGCAUCAACUCACCUGUUCCACAGACUUCUGCAACAACAGAACCCAAACAGAAAUGGAUUUGAUUGGAAAUAUCUUGUCACUUAUUACAACUACCACAAUAAAAACCACACCCACUUCAACCACCACACCAUCCACGACAACUACUUCAACCACCACACCAUCCCCGACAACCACUUCAACCACCACACCAUCCCCGACAACCACUUCAACCACUACAACAUCCCCGACAACCACUUCAACCACCACACCAUCCCCGACAACCACUUCAACCAGCACAACAUCCCCGACAACCACUUCAACCACCACACCAUCCUCGACAACCACUUCUACAACUAAACCAUCCUCGACAACCACUUCAAUAACUAAAUCUUCCCCCACAACUUCACCACCAAUUACUUUGAAUCCAUUAACCACCUCUACCACUAUACCAUCGACAUAUACUACAUCCCCGACACCUACUACUUCUACCACUACCUCUCCAUCAACUACUUCAAAUCCAUCAACCGCAUCUACCACUAUACCAUCCACAACUACAUCAUCCCCAACAACUAAUACUUCUACUACAACCUCACCAUCAACCACUACAUCAACCACUGUUAAACCAUCAACCACACCACCCUCGACAACCACUUCAUCACCUAUUACAUCUACAACGACUAGUGCGCCUACCAAUUCAACGACAAAGUCUUCAACAUCCUCAAAGACGACAACAUCAAAACCAAUGACGACAACAUCAAAACCAAUGACGACAACAUCAAAACCGAUGACGACGACAUCAAAACCGAUGACAUCGACUAAACCAUCAGUGACCACAACAGCAUCUAGCUCUACAAUUUGCUCUAACAGCCCCCAGCACCAGUGUCGUAGUGAGGGGUUCUGUGCCGUGUAUCACGCCAACACUGGAGCGUGCAACAAGCCUAUAGACGGCGAUAGCAGGGACUUCUUCGACAGUUGCGCACUUUUCUGCAACAGGUGUCAGGAAUACUGUCAGUCGUUUUCCGUGAAACCCCAAACUACGGCAGCUCCCCGGAACUGUCACCAGUGUGGGGACCUGGCCUCCUCCAGCCCUUGCUCCACCCUGCAGGUGUACACCGCACCCUCGACCCCCUGUCCCGCGGGUCUGGACUUCUGCAUGACCGAUAUACACCAUGACACAUCAGGAAAUGAUCACAUAUACAAAAGGUGCGUGAACAGACAGACGUGUGAGACGGACUGGCUAGCCCAGACGUCAGACCAGGACCACUGCACGCGCUUCGGUCAGGUACUGACCAGUGGGGAGUUCAGCUGUCACUUUUGCUGCAGGGGGGACGGGUGCAACACGAGGCUGGUCCCCGACCACAGUACCUUCUACACCAAAACCUAACCUAACCUCUCUAUGCUACAGUCUACCUCACACCAUGGCCAAUUUAAUACAUCAGUGUAUAUUGUGUAUCAGUGUUAUCUAUACAUCAUCUUCGAAUUA